AUGACUGCUUUCAAUUUCUCGACGACCGGGUCCGAAGUGGUUGCUGCAUUGCCAGAUCGAGUGGCUGGGAAGACAUUUGUUAUCACUGGAGCUAGUCAUGGAGGGCUUGGAGCCCACACAGCCCUUCGCCUAGCAGCCGCCAAUCCUGCUGAGAUCAUCCUUCUCGGACGCUCCGAAGAGAAAGUCUCCCCAGUCAUGAAGGCGAUCAGCAAAACCAGCCCCUCCACCAUUGUUCGAUUUAUCAAAAUCGACCUCAUGUCUUGUGCAUCAGUGCGCGCCGCGGCAGCGGAGAUUAAUGCCUCUGUCUCGAAGAUCGACGUCCUCAUUAAUAACGCAGGCAUUAUGGGUGUCAAGUUUUCUCUGACUGCUGAAAACGUGGAAAGUCACCCGGGUGCGAAUCACAUUGGCCAUUUCCUGCUCACCAACCUCCUUGUUCCGAAACUUGAAGCUUCUGGUGGUGGCGCUCGGAUCGUGAAUGUAUCCAGUGCCAUGUACCGGCUUAGCCCAGUUAUGUUCGACAACUACAACUUCUCCGACGGCAAGACCUACGACCCUUGGAUAGCUUAUGGACAGUCCAAGACAGCAAACAUUUUGGUCGCUGUUGCAUUAGCCAGAAAACUGGAGACGAAGGAGAUAAGGUCCUAUUCAUUGCACCCGGGAGUUAUUCAGACAACGGGUCUGUCCGGAGUAGAUCCAGCAGCAUGGCCAAUUGUGGGAUCCAUGUUUGAAAGCAAGAAGCUGGAGUUGCCGAAAGAAAAGGACAUCGAGCAGGGCUGCGCUACUACUGUCGCAGCGGCCCUGGACCCUGCCAUUGACAAAAAGGUUCUGAAUUAUGCCUCUGACGCCUCCAAUGCAGAGAAAUUGUGGACUCUGAGCGAGAAGAUUGUCGGAGAAAUAUUCUGCUACUAA